AUGACGGCAAUGGAUUCCGACGCUCUCAGUCCCGUCGUGGAAAAGCUCCUCGAGGUUUUGACUCUGGAAGAAAAAGUCUCCCUAGUUGCCGGUCAAAACAUGUGGCAAACUGCUCAGGUUGAUCGACUCGGUAUUCAAUCUCUUCAGACGACCGAUGGACCGGCGGGCGCACGAGGCACUAAAUGGAAUUAUGGCUCUCUUACUACUCUGAUCCCGUGCGCGAUAUCGCUCGCGGCCACCUUCGAUCCUUCUCUGAUCGAGCGGGUUGGUACCGUGCUUGGGGAGGAGACGCGGCGAAAGGGCUGCCAUGUUCUGUUGGCUCCGACAAUGAACCUCUCGCGUUCGCCGCUUGGUGGCCGGAAUUUCGAAGGCUAUGGAGAAGACCCAUUCCUAAUCGGCACUUUAUCUACCUCAAUGAUCCGGGGUAUCCAAAGCCAAGGCGUCGGUGCCUGCAUGAAACAUUUUCUUCUGAAUGAUACGGAGACGCGGCGUUUCAAUGUCGAUCAAACCAUUGACGAACGUACCCUUCGUGAGGUUUAUAUGAAGCCUUUUGCCAUGGCUCUUCAAGCCUCUCCAUGGACGUCGAUGGUUAGCUAUCCGAAGGUCAACGGCAUUCAUGCAGAUAUGAGCACCUUCGUCCUCAAACGCCUCCUUCGGGAAGAGUUGAAGUUCGAUAGGCUUGUCAUGAGUGAUUGGGGUGGCUGUAACUGCACCACCCAGAGUCUUAUCGCUGGGACCGAUCUGGAAAUGCCGGGGCCGCCUGUUCGCCGAGGGCAGAAGCUGUUGGCUGCUAUUCGAGCCGGACUGGUGGACGAAAGCAAACACUUGGAUGUCAGUGUGCGACGAGUGCUGCAGCUACUCGAAAAGGCCGGGCUUCUUCCAACGCUGGGAGAUUUGGAUGGCCAGCCUCUACUCGCAUCGCAGAAGACUCAGUGUUCGGAACGUCGGCAGAGCUUCCAGGCAUCCGACAAUGCCGUUUUCCACCAAAUCGCCCGAGAUGCCGCUGAAGGCGGCUUGGUUCUGCUCAAAAAUGAAGGCCUCUUACCACUUGAACCAACAUCACUUAAGAGUGUCGCUAUCUUGGGCCCGAAUGCUCGCAAACCGACUGCAGGUGGAUCAGGCAGUGCUGCAGUCAACCCAUUUUACACCACCACGCCCGAAGAUUGUCUGACCCAGGCUCUGAAGAAAGCCAACCCAGAGCUGAAAGUGUCGUAUGAACAGGGUAUUCCGUUUACGCUGCGCCCUCCUCUUCUGGAUGGUGCACUCACUCUUUCCGAUGAUUGCAAGCAAGGAUUUAAGGUGGAGUUCUUUGGGGGAUACGAGUUUCAGGGCCCGGUCGUGGCCACCAGCUUUUGGCCGAACUCGCUAAUCUACAUGAUGAGCGACGGAGAUGUGCCGGCAUCUCUGAAGGGAAACCCUUACUCAUACAGAGCUACAGGCGUUGUGAAUGUUAAGGAAUCGGGUCAAUACACAUUCAGCAUUGCCAACACAGGCAAGGCAAAGCUCUUCGUGGACGGUCAGCUGACGAUCGAUAACACGGAUUGGACGACUAUCACCGGUGGCUUCCUCGGUUGUUCUAGCGAGGAUCGCUGUGCAACUAUACAUCUCGAAGCAGGGCGCGCAUACGCAUUGCGGGUGGAUAACAUCGCGACCUUACCAACAAUCGAAUCCUUCGAUAACACACUUUUCCCUGCCGUCUCUGGCCUCCGGGUUGGUAUGGCCAUGGAGGAGGAUGAGGAGGCCAUGCUGAACCGGGCGGUAGAAUCUGCCAAAGACUCGGAUAUAGCUAUCUUGGUCGUGGGACAUAACAAGGACUCUGAGGGCGAGGGUGGCGAUCGGCCGAACAUGGAUUUACCCGGUCGCACCGACGAGCUCAUAUCCUCGGUUUGUGCCGCGAAUCCUAACACGAUCGUUGUGGUCCAAGCGGCCAGCGCCAUCGCUAUGCCUUGGGUAGAUCAAGCGCGAGCUCUGGUCCUUGCCUGGUACCAAGGACAGGAGAACGGGCAUGCUUUAGCGAAUGCAUUGCUGGGACAUUGCAACUUCUCUGGAAAGACUCCUAUCACGUUUCCCAAGAAAUUGGCCGAUCACGGAUCUAGUGCUUGGUUCCCUGCCGAAGCGGCAAAUGACCACGCUGUCAUCGGCGAGGGUGUGUUGACAGGGUAUCGAUGGUUUGAAGAGCACAAGAUUGAGCCCUUAUGGCCAUUUGGAUUUGGUCUGUCUUAUUCAUCUUUCAGGCUUUCCAACAUCCGAGUGAGCGGGCGAUUGGCCGCUUCGUGUGCUGCGUCGGAGAUUGCGAUUCACGUCACAGUCAGCAAUAUCGGAUCGUAUGAUGGACAUGAAGUCGUUCAGGUAUACGCGUCGCCAUCGAGAUCAAUUCGAGACAGUGGUCUUCAAAGCUAUCCUAAGACUUUGGUCGGGUUCAAGAAGGUGUGGGUGCCUGCUGGUGAGGUUAGGAAUGCGAGCAUUGUCGUUAGAAGCGAAGAGUUCCGGUGGUACGAUGAGCAAACCGCUUCGUGGCGUCUAGAUACUGGUAACUACGAUAUCUUCGUGGGCACCAGCGUGCAGGACAUUGCGUGUAAGUUGGAAGUUGGCAUAGCUUAG